CGUGCGAGUCAGGCUUCUUGGCUUUAACUGCAAUCAAAACAAAGUAUAGGUCUCAACUUUCUGUUAAAGAUAACUUAUGUCUCUUCCUUUCUAUGCUUCAACCCUGAAUUCUGCUACUUUGUGCAGCAAGGAAACACCCCUGCUCCCACCCCCCAGACAAGUGAAGCCCAAGGUGAAAGUCUCCCCAUCAAAAUCGGGGGCCCAGGCCCACCCCAACACACUGGUUUGCUCCAUGACAGAGUAUUACUCUGGCAGGAUAGAGGUGAAGUGGUUGAAGAACGGGCAGGAGCAGACGGCCGGAGUGGUGUCCACGGAGCUGAUGCAGAACGGAGACUGGACCUUCCAAAUCCUGGUGAUGCUGGAAAUGACCCCCCGGAGCGGGGACGUCUACACCUGCCAGGUGGAACACAGCGGCCUGUCGGGCCCUGUUACCAUGCUCUGGGAGGCGCAGGCAGGCUCAGCCAGGAGCAAGAUGCUGAUGGGGGUCGGGGGCUUCAUACUGGGGCUAACCUUCCUGGCACCGGGACUGCUCAUCUACCUGAGAAACAAGAAAGAUCAAAAGAGGAGAUGCCCAUUUAACUCUAAUAACCUCAGGACAAACAGCAUGCGAUCUUUAGAUGGUGUGGACCAUUCCCCUGCCCACUUUCUGUGUUUUCUAAACUGAAGAUAUCAUCCAGCAGUCGUGCACAUUCCAGUAAAGUUAGAUAUGGUUUUGCUUUGAUCUGAAAUAGAACAAUAUAGUGCUAGGUCUUGGGUGUAUUAUUAAUGCUUCUGGUUUCUCUGUAUCAGAAAAAAAUGUGUUAUACAUGGUGAUACAACGCAGAAGCUGCCCUGUCCUUCUGAAAGUCCUGGCUCCACCCGUGGGUAUUUCCACAAGCAAAUUCACAUCAGAGUUCCCUAGAGCCGCUCACUCACCCUCGACCAGCUCAAUUGUUCCUUCAAGUGCAAGCUCAGUGCUCAGCCAAGAGCUACCGCCAACGUGGUUGUGAGAGGGUUAAUGCAGGACUCUGUCCCUUCUGCAGCCAUUAGAACCCAGCAUGUGCAUGCUUCUAUUCCUCCCUGUUCCUAUUCCAACAGACAAAAAUCACCCUCCCUUAAGACACAUGCAAAUUUUUGCAGGGCUGACUUGGAGGGGUAGGUGGAAGGUACAUGAGAUGUGCAAUACAUAUGGGAAUACAGUGAGAACCAGAAGAGCAGAGGGAUUUAGGGUAGGGGUUGGGGCUCUGACCUCACAGGCACCCACUUUCCCUGCCCAGGCUCUAACCAUUUUUCAUUUUGCUUUCUACGGCGCCCUAUUUCCCAGCCUGCAGGUAAUCUCCAUCUUCCUUAGGAUGCCUGUUCAACCUGCCUCCCCACCAUAGGCAGAUUAACGCACGAAACUGCAGCUUUUGCUUCCCUGACAAGGAGUGAGCUCCAAGUGCAGCCACUCCACCAAUCAGAGGGGGAAGGGGGGAACGGACACCUGUAAAAUUAAAGAUGCUGCUGCGCACCUUGCCAGGAGCACAGCUCGGCAGCCAGCACCCUGCAGGGCUCCUAAGUUAGGUCCUGAAGCUUUGGGACCUGCGUUAUUCAACAUGAUUCUACAACCAGUGUAUUCUGAGAUCUCUCUCUACUCCUGGGGCAUGACCUUGCACUCCCUACCUUGGCCCAGCCACCAGCACUUCAUGGCAGCAGGUCCUUCCCCAUCCCUGUAUCUGGUCCCUACACUCUUAACUUCCCCAUCCUGCACUAGACCCUCCCUGGGGCAAACCCUAACAUCCCACCUCUCCCUGAAGAAACCCCAGGCACUCAUUUCUCUCAUAGUACUUUUCCCUUCCCUACCCAUGGCCCAGAUUUGCUGUCACCAUUACCACUGCUCUUGGCAUUGGGGGAACCCUAACCUGAGACUCAGGGGAAGCUGGAAUGAUGCCAUGAGCUGUGAUACCUGUUGCAUGUUCAAACAUCAUCUCUCCCUGCACCCUGUUCUUUCCUGAUUUCCCACCAAAAUUUUAAUCCCCCUUGAUGCCAGUGGUAGAAACCUAUCAGAAAUGUGACAGGAAUAGAGGACCCAGUUGAGGCCCAGAUGUUCCAGUUUGCUCCCUUUCUGCUAUGUUACCUUCAAAGCAAAAGGAGGAAGUAGCCAGGACUGGCCUAUAAGCUGUGCCUUGAUGUCUGCCCUGAUGGUCUGGGUGUGGGAAAGGACGGAGAUACCACUAGAGGUGCAUUAGAAGGUGUGACUGGGCUCCCACCAUUGCAAUUGUUACAGUGAGCACUACCAAGCCCUCAUCUUGGGUGGGGAUGUAUCUCUUCAUGUCUUG